AUGGAAAAGAAAAAUUACACAUGCAAUGUCAGCGACAAAUCUUUCUACCAAGAUGGACAAUUGACAAUACAUCGACGCACACACACUGGCAAAAAACCGUACGCGUGCGAUGUGUGUAACAAAUCAUUCAGUCAGAAUAACGUUUUGACAAUACAUCGACGCACACACACUGGCGAAAARCCGUACGUGUGCGAUGUGUGUGACAAAUCAUUCAGCGAAAGUGGCAAUUUGACAAAACAUCGACGCACACACACUGGCGAAAAGCCGUACGUGUGCGAUGUGUGUAACAAAUCAUUCAGUCAGAAUAACGUUUUGACAAUACAUCGACGCACACAYACUGGCGAAAAACCGUACGCGUGCGAUGUGUGUAACAAAUCAUUCAGUCAGAAUAACGUUUUGACAAUACAUCGACGCACACAUACUGGCGAAAAACCGUACGCGUGCAUUGUGUGUAACAAAUCAUUCAGCGAAAGUGGCAAUUUAACAAAACAUCGACGCAUACACACUGGUGAAAAACCGUACGUGUCCGAUGUGUGUGACAAAUCAUUCAGCGAAAGUGGCAAUUUGACAAAACAUCGACGCACACACACUGGUGAAAAGCCGUACGCGUGCGAUGUUUACAAAUUAUUUAGUAAAAGAUGCACUAUAAGAUCACAUCGACGCACACACACUGGUGAAGAACCGUACGCGUGCGAUGUGUGUGACAAAUCGUUAUCUACAAAUUACAGUUUGACGAAACAUAAACUUACCCACAUGGCACUCYGAUUGGUUAAAUCAAAGAUCUAA